UUGUCUUGAGAAGGUAAGUCCGCCUUUUUUAUUAUAUAAUUGUAUCGUUAUAAUGCUUAAAAUUACUGUUGUGCUAUACAUUUCUAAAUUAAUGUGUAUUUGUAACACUAAAACGUAUGAAAACGGGUUUUUUUCUUCGUUUUUUUCUUUUUGUUGUUGCUUUGAUACAUUAUAGGCUUAUAACGUUAGGCCGCCUAUCAAAAUAUUUUUUAAUAAAUUACUAUAAAAAAAUAUCUUUAUCUGUUCUUAACAUAUCACAUUACUUUGUUUUGUAUUUAAUCGGUAAUAAUUGAUAUUGUACCUUUUGGUUACCAGAAAAGAAGUAAAUAAUCUGCACCGGACGAGACCGUGAGAGUCGCUGGCUUGCCGUUAAAGAAAAUGAACAAAACAUGGGUUCUGGUGGAAUGGAGAGAGGAGCCUCCCACCUAUGAUAUUGUCCCUAGAAAGGACAUACUGAAAAAAAAGUUUGAACCUGGAGAUGUUGUGGAUGUGGUUUAUGAAGAGGAAAGUUCCCCAGCCACAGUUAUAGAUAUUGAUGAGAGCAAAGAAACCCUCAGGAGGAGGAUGUUCCGGCUAGAGGGGAAAAGAAAAAGUCAGCCAUGUUUGCAAAAUGAUGCAAAAAGAGUGGCAAAGAAAAAGAAAACUUACACUCCAACUCAGUCCCCAUCUCACUCAUCAUCUGAUCAAGAGCCUCUGGUCAAACAUCAAGUCAUCCGCAGAAAGAAUAGUAUUUUAAUGCAGGAAAUAAACAGCAUGGAUAGUCAAGUUGGAGAGUCGUCAAGCCGAGAAACUCAACUUGAGAAAGAAAUUCUCCAAUUAAAAAAAGAAAAUGAAAAUCUAAGAGCACUCAAUAUAUCUCUGCAACAAGAAAUUCUUCCAAUGCUCAAGGGUACCCGGACCCCUCUUACUGUGUGUCAACAACCACAACCACAUGGUUCAAGCGAGAAGAAUCUGCCUGAAAAGACACAUGGGCUAGGUAUUAGUGAAAAUGUCCUGACAAGUUGUGGACGGGGUGGCACAUCAUGUUCUGCCAUGGUUAAAGAUCUGGCGGUGGCAGUGUUCGGGAGAGACGUGUUGGCCACACAUGGGCUGUCAGGAAGAGCUGGCAAUGCCAACAAAGACACUAUACCAAAGCCAGCUCUUGACCAGGACAAAGUUGUGAUGAUCCUGGACACAGUACAGAAAAAGUUUCCGGAUGUUCCGAAAAAAUUCAUCAGGGCAGCACUGAGAGAGAAGUUAAAUGAUGAGCACAAGUUACGAGUAAGGAAACCAGUUUAGAGGCUUCAACUAGAGCAACAUUUGGCUGCAUGCAUGUGAAUUGGACUCCGCUUCUCUCUGCGUUGACAGUAAAAUAAAUAAAAUAAAAAAUUUGUGAUAAUACAUUGUUUGUUGUGAAGUUAUUUCCCCUGCGUGAUUCCAGAAGAAGACAACUUGGAAAGUCCUGC